AUGGUAGCACGACUCGGCCGUCCGAUUCCCGUCGAUAUCGUCAUCCCCAACAUGACCCCACCAUCGCCUAUUGAGUCUUCGAGCAGCAACUACCACCACUCGCCCCCGCUGCGUCAGCUAAGAUUAGGUCGUGUCUCCCUCAAAUCUUGCCUUGGCGCCGUCUGCAUGGCUAGUCCCGAACUUCUGCCCGACGGUAAGAGGGAUUACAUCAUCUAUGCCGUCGACCCCGAGGAAACCAUGCGCGCACAGCAGCUCAGCUCUCCUUCCUCUCGUCGACACACCACGCCCACUCGCUCUUCCUCCAGCUCGUCACGUGAACACAACGACACCAGCGCUGCCAAGCUCAGCUCCAGUCCACUCCGUCCAAAAGACGCUCCCACUUCGAUCCUCGUCGGUAAGGGCUUCUUCAACUGGGCCUUGCACGAGGACGGCGACGGCCAAACUACCGUUACUGGCCGCAUCCGCUCGGACGGCAGACGCUUGCGCUACGACAAUGGCCGCGAAUACGAGGAUCACAUCGAAGUCCUUGAGGUCGUCAUCAAACUCAAAGAGUCUCAGGCAAGAAGCAAGGAUACCUACUUUGACCUCGUACGCGGCUUUUCGUCCGCUUCCAGCUUCAGUGCUGGCCCCAGCAACACUUCUGCCUCUUCCUCCACUAGUCUAUCCGCCCAUAGUGCGUCUUUACAAACUCAAGCCGUUCCAGCCACACGCCGCAUACGUUCCUCUCGCCAUGUCGAACCAGACUCGCAGCUCGCCUUCCAUUCCGAGCCGGACUAUCCAACCUCUUCCACCUCGUCUCAUGGCGCUCUUGAACCUCAGAUCCACAGACCUUCCGCACCUUUGCUUCCUCGUUCCAGACGCAAGGCCCACAAGGCUCGCGAUCGCGCCAUUCCUCCAAAAACCGCUCCUGAGCCUCGAGCUGCUUCGCCUAGCCUACCUACUCUCUCAUCUUUUUCCGCUGCAGCAUCACCACCAGCUGCGUCGGCUGCAUCUUUCAACUCUGCCCUAUCUUCAGCUCCCUCCAAUCCGUCCGCUGCGCAGCUCUUGACCAUCUUGCAGAGCCUUCAACAAAGGUCGUCCAAAUCUGCUCCUGAACCCGCCCAGCAAGCGCAGCUCGAAAGCCUCCUUCAGCAGGUCGCGCACGUCUUUUCCAAUUCUACGGCUCCUUCACCAGCUGCCGAUCCUACCCCGACAGCAGCACCAGCAGCAGCACCAGUAGCAGCAGCAACAACAACAACAGCAACAACAACAGCAACAACAGCAACAGCAACAGCAACAACAGCAACAGCAACAGCAACAACAACAACAACAACAACAGCAGCAGCAGCAGGCCGUGCAUCCACCUCCCCUGCUCUCUCCGCCUGUCCUUUGGAAACCAUCCCCGCGCCCAACUUUUGCUCGCCUGUGCCAUACGAACCAUCCCACCCGGGCAAGGAGAACAGUGCCACGGCAACUGCCUCCAACGACUCUCCUCAAACAGGCUACGCUAGCUCGCGGCGUCAAUCGACUGUCUCUCCCUCGUUUGAUGCACAAGACUCGCCCAGCACGUCACUCCAAUGCAAGGACGCAUCAAAUACGUCGAAUCGCAUCUGCUACAACUGCGGCACCGAUGGACCUACUACUUGGCGCAUUCUCAAGCUCCCUGCUGGCACGACCAUCAACAACCCAGCUGCAGAGAAAAUUUCCACUGGUGAUGUCAACACCCACAAGUCGACCGAACCUGGCUUGCAACUAGGUUACGCAGGCAUCGUCGGCCCUAUCGAGACCGACGGUAAUAGAAAUUGGUCCUCCUGCAAUUCGUGCGGACUCUACUACCUCAAGUGGAACCACACGCGUCCAGAGUACGUCUGGAGGAAAGAGCAAGCCACCAAGGCGUAUCAAGAGCGCAAGGCUACAGCUGCGGCUGCGAAGCGACGACGCGACACCGUCGAAGCGUGCAACGGCAAACGUGCCAAGAUGGAUGAAUCGGACGUUGACACGGCUUCGCCCUCCACGGUUUCGACGCCCUGGGACGAGUCAAUGACGUCGUCCAACUUUGACGCCACCACGCCCGCGUCCAGCGCGGGACGCAAGUCGAGCUUGCCACGCACCCUCAGCGAGGCGUGCAAUCGCGACGCCGAAAAGCGCGAUUCGGAGCGAAAACGCAAGACCAAGCUCAACAAGAAGAUGGCAGCCGGCCGUGAGAAAAUGUUUGACCCCAGCACGGGCCAGUGGCGUAGCAAGAGGAGCAUGCGCGAUAAUCCCCAGGGCAAGCGACCUGGACGCCCGAAAGGCUCUUUUAGGGCGCCACAGAAUGAAGGGCCGGUGUCCAAGUCGUCGCCGGUGACAGGGAAAAGGGCUGACAAAGACGUCUCGACGACUGCUGCCCAGAAGUCCGACACGGUAUCAUCGAGAAGACCGUCGACCUCGACCAGCUCCACGCAGGCCAGCACCAGCUCGAAUGCCAUCACAUCCAAGCCAAAGGACUCCGCACAAGCAUCGCCUGCCUCUUUCGGCCGUUCUUUACAGAGCAGCGAAUUCCGUGCACCAAUGCCGCCGCAGCAAGGCCGCCAGAUGUUUACUUCGCGCCCGAUCAACUUUGCACAGUCGAGCCCGGUGCGUCCGUCGAUGAAUGCUAGCUCGAUGCAGCCCGACGGCGUCAACACGCUGCCACAGCCCAACUUGGGCGACGGAAUGCUUGCAAGCCCUUCACGCGAUGUCCGAUUCCGCGUGCCGAGCUACCUGAUGAAUUCGAGCCCAGGAACCAUGCUCGACACGCUCAUGAGCGAGACCGACAUUGACUUUGAGGAGCUAGGUCCGCUCGGACCACUGCAGACGCCCGGCACUUUGGUUGGUGAUCUGAACCGCAACGGCCAGCACACUCCUCUACGAAGAAGUCCACGUAAGAACCCGCAGGGUACCAUCUCCGACUCGAAUCCUUACGCUUCGCCUUGCAGAAAGCGUGCGGCGAGUCCAGUGCUCGGAAGAGAGUUUGGGCCGAGCAUGGUCGGCUCGAAUGGUUCGCCCGGUGGACGAUUUGGCGGCGCGUCGUCAUCAUACAACGACAGUCCGGUGACGCGCAGUCGCACACGCUCCGGUCAAGGUGUGCUGCAUCGUGCGCUCUUCUCUUCGAGCGAUGCGCGCUCGAAUGGCAACGGCAAGUCGAGCAGCAACCUCACCUCGCCCGCUCCGCUCGCUUCGGCGGGCUCGCCUGCUUCGCCUGCUUCACCAUCAGAACAGGUUAACACGAACAAAUCGGCGCGCGGCGCAACCAAGCGCAAGUCGCAAGUGUCAACCAAGCCGAGCCAAGUGGAGGCGAGCGCUCGACGCGGUGCGUCUCGUGGAGUGGAUGCGGACGACAAAGACGACAAGGCCGAGGCACAAUUUGUCAAAGGACCUUACCGCGGAUCAGGGAGCGAGAGUCGCGAGGGAUCGGCGGGUUUGACGUCGUGUCCUGCGUCGCCGAGUCUGGGUCGUGUGACGCGCAAGUUGGCACGCAACCUCAGCUGCGCCAGUACGCAGUCUAGGUUGAACAACGGCGCGGCCAAGCUUGCGCAUCUCGAGCUGCCGCAUAGCAGCCCACUGUUUGAUCAUCCCACUGAACAAAGUUCAACGAGCACGAUCGAGGUGGAUGGAUGGGGACGCACAUCUAGCAUGAGAGAGAUCUUCCCAACUCCGAGCGAGCUCGAUUGGCCUAGCGACGCUUCGCCCGGUCAUGCGCGUGCUUCGCAGUCGCCUGUUAAGACACAAUAUGGCGCCGAGCUUAAGCAGGCGGCUGAAUCGGAAUCGGAGAAGGAGAAAGAGAAGGAGAAAGAGAAGGAGAAAGAGAAGGAGAAAGAAGAAGGCGAGGUAGCCAACUUGCAGCCACCGACCGCAAUCGUUCGGCGUCGGCCUCUACCAGCGACGGUUGAGGAUGCUUCGUCGUCGAUCUCGGGCUCGUCUCCUGCGGGAUCGGACGAUUCACCGGACGCCGGGAACGCGAACCUGUUCGAGCUGUUCGAAGAUCCGUACGGGAUUCUUGCAGCUUCUGGAUUUGGGAUUGAUGCAGACGGAGUGCUUACAUCGCUCUCGAUGCCUGUUGAUGCAGACGAGCAGUCGCGCAGUAACAAGCAGAUGGCGGCUGCGGCUGCGGCUGCGGCUGCGGCUCGUGCGCCGGCGAUCACAGCUGACAGCUUUAACGAUAUCCAGCUGCAUCCAGACACCGAGUUUGGCGCGCAUCUCGCCGACUUGAGCGCUACGCGCAGCACCGCCAUCGCAGCACACGUCGCCUCUACCAACCGCUCUGGCUCGCCCAGGGCUGUACAACUCACUGCGUCCACCAGGAACGCAAUCGGAUCGCAUUCUGGCAUACUGCCUACACUCGCUCCGGAAAUGUGUUUCGGCUCGCAGAAAUCCGCCUCGCCCAGCAUCCCAGAGCUCCUCAGUCCACACAGACCGUGGCGUUCGUCCACCACUUCUCCCACGAAACCACAUGCUCCUCUCGACCACUCGGACCAGGACUUUUCGAACCUCUUCGGUAACCCCGACAUCCACGCUCUCCUGACCCAGUUCCACUCCUAG